AGUAGUUUCCCAACUAAAAACAAAGAAGGAGGAACUUUUUGCAUCUGUAACCAAACAGGGAAGACGGCUUGUUUGCCUUAUUCGGGAUUAGGGUUAAACUCUUCACCUUUCACUCUCUCUUUCUUUUUAGGCGCCAAAAUUCUUUGCACAGACCUAACUGUCAUUGACAGGAAUGAGCAGCCAAACCCAAACUACCAAUGAUCGUUCACGAACAUAUUGGACCCCGACAAUGGAGCGUUAUUUUAUUGACCUUAUGUUAGAGCAUAUGCAUAGAGGUAACAGAACUGGUCAUACCUUCAACAAGCAAGCAUGGAUUGACAUGCUUUCAGAUUUCAAUGCAAAAUUUGGAUCUCAGUAUGAUAAAGAUGUCUUGAAAAGUCGAUAUACGAAUCUUUGGAAACAGUUUAAUGAUGUAAAGAACCUUCUCGGUCAGAGUGGGUUUACUUGGGAUGAAACUCGAGAAAUGGUGGUAGCUGACGAUUAUGUUUGGAAUGCUUAUCUAAAGGUGCAUCCGGAUGCUCGAUCAUACAGGACUAAAGCGGUGUUGAGUUUUAAUGAUUUGUGCUACAUUUAUGGGUACACCACUGCCGAUGGAAGAUACAGCAGAUCAAGUCAUGACGUAGACUUUGAUGAUGAAAUCCGAGCAUCAAAUUUUGUGGAAAGUUCUGCCCCGUUGAACAACGACCGUUUAAAGACAGAGUGGACUGCUGUUAUGGACCAGCAUUUCAUCGAACUUAUGCUGGACCAAAUAGUGAAGGGCAAUGGAAUUGAUAAUACAUUCAACAAACAAGCUUGGACAGAGAUGCUUGCCUGCUUCAAUGCAAAAUUUGGUCCUCAGCAUGGCAAAAGAGUUUUAAGACAUCGAUACAAGAAAUUGUCAAAGUAUUGCAGUGAUAUGAAGGUUCUUCUUAAACAAGAUGGCUUUUCAUGGGAUGAAAUGGAACAAAAGAUUGUAGCUGAUAAUGAUGUUUGGGAUGCUUAUAUUAAGGCUCAUCCAUAUGUAAGGGCAUAUAGAAUGAAGACCUUGCCAAAUUACAAUGAUUUGAUCCUUGUCUUUGGUGACUCAACUGAAGAUGGAGAUCACACUAAUUUAUAUCAGGAAAAAGAUUACGAAGCUCACAUUUCUGGAAGGAAAUCAGGUGAAAGAAAUGGGAGCCAAACUCAAACCACAAGUGACCGUACAAGAACAUAUUGGACCCCGCCAAUGGAUCGUAAUCUUAUUGACUUGUUACUGGAGCAGGUGCAUAGAGGAAACAAACUCGGACAAACAUUCAUAAGCCAGGCUUGGAUUGACAUGGUAGCAUCGUUCAAUGUUAAAUUUCAAUCUAACCAUGAUAAAGAUGUUUUGAAAAACCGGUACAAACAUUUGAGGAGAAUGUACAAUGAAAUAAAAAAUCUUCUUGAAAAAGAUGGGUUUUCAUGGGACCAAUCACGAGAAAUGAUAACAGCUGCAGAUCAUGUUUGGGAUGCUUACACCAGAGAACACCCUGAUGCUCGAUCAUAUAGAGUCAAAACUGUACCUGGCUAUCAGAAAUUGUCUCUCAUAUUUGGACAAGAAAAUUCUGAUGGAAGAUAUAGCCAUUUGGCUCAAAAUGUGGAUCCUGAUGGUGAAGCACCUGUUCUAAUGAUUGAUUGGCAACCAGCGAUGGAUCGCUACUUUAUCGACCUUAUGCUAGAGCAGGUUCGUGGGGGGAAUAAGAUCGACUACACCUUCGAUGAACAAACAUGGACUCUCAUGGUUGAAUCAUUUAGUGAAGAGUUUGGACUUCUAUGUAAUAGAUUUAUUCUGGAAAAUCGGUAUUUAACUCUGAUGAAAGAGUGCGACGACGUCAGAAAUCUUCUCAGCCAUGGUGGUUUUGCAUGGGAUACGACUCAACAAAUAGUAAUUGCUGAUGAUGCUGUCUGGGAAGCUUACAUUGAGGAGCAGCCACAUGCUAUUGCAUACAGAAAUAAAGUAUUGGAAAAUUUUAUUAAUCUAUGCCAAAUUCAAAGCAAGGAAGUAUCAAAUAUUAGUGAUCAUGACCUACAUGUGCAAACUGAAAAUGAUUUCCAAGAGGUAGCGGUGGAUGUACUGCUUGAAGAUGUAAACUUCCCGGUUGAGAAUAUUCAAAUGUCCGAUCAACAGAGAAAGCGACCUUUUAUAGCUCCGUCAGACAACGAAGAGAGCUGCAAGGUGCAGAGAAUCGACAAGGAGAUGCAAAAAGCUCUUUCAGGAAUUGCAGGUGCAGUAGAAAACACAUCAUUAAAUAUGAAAGUAAACGGAAACAGUGGAACAAUCGAAUGCGCCAUCGAUGCACUUCAGGCAAUUCCAGACAUAGAUGACGAACUUUUGCUGGAUGCCUGUGAUCUUCUUGAAGACGACAAGAAGGCAAGGACAUUUUUGGCACUGGAUUCCACGCUUCGAAAGAAGUGGUUAGUGAGGAAACUCCGUCCAUAGGAUAGGAUUAAUACUCUCAAUGUUCUCAUUUUCAAGUUCAGAAGUGUAAAUAUAGGGUAGUUUUAUAUAAGAUGGCUAUGAAGCCAUCAAUAAUUAAUAGCAGUAAUAUGGCUAACCGUCUGCAACUUUUGUAGCAUGUUGUCAUGAGUCAUGACUUGCCGUUGAUAGAAUGAGAAUUUCAUUAAUGAAAUUGUUUCUUCAAA